AUGACUUAUCGAGAUAUUAGCCAUCUAUGUGAGAUGGCUCGAGUUCUUUCCUAUCCACGUUUAAUUUCAAUGGAAAAUUUUCGUCAACCAAAUUUUCGUCUCGUUGCUGAAUUAAUGACUUGGCUUGUUAAACAAUAUGAUCCACAAUCUGAUGUUCCAAAUGAUAUAGAAGGUGAACAAGAUCGUGUUAUGUUUAUUCGUGCUGUUGCUCAAAUAAUUGCUACUAAAGCACAUAUGAAAUUAAAUACAAAAAAACUUUAUCAAGCUGAUGGAUAUGCUGUUAAAGAAAUUCUUAAAGUUAUAACACCACUUUAUAAAGCUUUACGUGAUAGUGAAAAUAAAAAUUUCGAUGAUGAAGAUGAUGUUGAUUAUCAAUAUCGUUAUGCAAUAAAUGAUGAUAUGACUACACUUAAAAAUGCUCGUUUACUUUGUUCAACAAUAACACAAAAAGGUGCUAAUUUACAUGAAUUAUUAGGAAAAGAAGUUGAUGCACGAGAAGCAAGACAAGAUGUUAUAAAUCGAGCUAUGGAAUUAUCUGAAGUUCAAGAAGGUAUAAAAGAAGCUGAAAAUGCAGCUAAACGUGAAUUCUUAAAAUGUGAUAAAUUAAUAAAUAAUGUUCAAAUUGAUGAAGUAGCACUUGAUGAAAAAAUAGCUAAACGUAUGGAAGAAAUAAAUCGUCAUCAACGACGACUUGAUAUGUUAAGGAGUGUUAGACCAUCAUUUAUGAAUGAUUUUGAAAAAUGUGAAAUUGAACUUAAUGAAUUAUAUGGAAAUUAUGUAUUAAAAUUUCGUAUAUUAACUUAUUUAGAAAAAGAACUUGAAGGACAUUUUCGAAAUCAACGUGAAAAAGUUCUAGAAGUAUCUCGACAAUAUAUGCAAUCAAUUAAUUCACAAAUAACAGAACAAGAACAACAAAGAUUUAAUAGAGAAUUACAAGAUCCUAAUGAUGAAAUUGGUGUACAUAGUGAUGAAGAAGAAGAUGAAGAAUCUGAUGAGGAGGAUGAUGAAGAAUCGGAAAAUGAUGAUGAAGAUAUAAAUCAAUCACCACCACCUCGAGGAAAUAAAUUAGAAAAUGGUGCAGAAGGCCAGGCCUACGGUGGUAUGACAGCUGAUUUAAGCGAUGAUGAAGAUCAAAUGCAAAUGGGUCGAGGAGUUGGUGGAGCUGGUAUGGAUGAUGAAGAUGAUGAUUUAGGUAUGGAAAUGGAUCCUAGACGAAGAAAUAGUAGUGUUCGUCAAAGAGGAGCUAUGAGUGGACAACCAAGUGCAAAUGAUGGACAACGACGACAAAGACAACAGCCACAACAGCUAGCACCAUAUGCUGAAGAUGAUGAUUUUUAA